AUGUCUAGUCAGCGUCUUGUCCUAGGCCUCCCACGUGUCUUGCCGUCGCUGCCGCCUUCGCUUGCGCCGCCGUGUGGUCCCUGCGUCGAGGGUCGGCUGCGCGCCACCCCUCACUCCUCCUCCCUUCGUCCGGCCACCGAGCCUUUUGAGACGCUUCACUUGGACGUCUGGGGCCCCGCCCCUCGUCUAGGCCCUGAGCGUGAGCGUUACUUUCUGGUGGUCGUUGACGACUUCUCCCGCUACACCACAGUGUUCCCUCUGGCGAAGAAGUCUGAGGUGACUUCUACGCUGAUCAGGUGGUUGCUCACCACUGAGGACACUCGUGGUCGUCGUGUCAGCUGUCUCCACUCCGACCGUGGGGGUGAGUUUCGCUCCGGCAUUCUCGCUGGAUUCUGUCGCGAGCAAGGCAUUCGUCAGUCCUGGACGCUUCCAGAGUCCCCACAGCAGAAUGGGGUUGCUGAGCGCCGCAUAGGCCUGGUCAUGGAGAUCGCCCGCACCUCCCUGACUCACGCCUGUGCCCCCCAUUUUCUGUGGCCCUACGCGGUCAGGUACGCCGCGCACCAGCUGAACCUCUGGCCACGUGUCUCUCGACCAGAAGUUUCACCGACCAGUCUUUGGACAGGGUCCCCUGGUGUUGCGUCGCGGUUUCGUGUCUGGGGGUGCUUGGCUCUUGUCCGCGACACCUCCGCGGACAAGCUCUCACCUCGUGCCGUCCCCUGUGUCUUCCUUGGUUUCCCUGAGGACUCCUCUGACUUCACCUUUUACCACCCUCCCUCUCACCGGUUCUUUGACUCCCGUGACGUCCGUUUCGAGGAGUCCACUCCGUACUACGUCAGGUGUGUCCCAGGCUACCCCUCCUCCUUCGGUAGCCCCUCCGGUACAGCCUCCCUCCCCACAGUCCUCCUCGCAGCGUGCCGCUGGUGCUAG